AUGAAGAUAGACUUGAGAGAAAAUCGAGAAAAACCAUUAGAUGAAGACUUUGAUCCACUAAUACCAACGACCGGUAGCAAAGCUGGAGAUACCGAUAAGCCGAGCUUCCCAACAAGGUCAUUUGUAGCAAACGUCAGCUCUGAACCAGUAUCCAACAGCAUCCUAACCUCGUGGAAGGAAUAUGUCCACAAUAGAGUAGCCAGCAUUCAGGAACUCGUGCAGGAAGCGAAUUGGAGGUACGUCAAUGGGAAGGAGAAUCCUGCUGAUUGUGCAUCUCGAGGCAUUUUGGUAGCUCAACUCAAUGCCCAUCAUUUGUGGUGGACGGGCCCAAAAUGGCUACGCAAGGGUUCUUCUCAAUGGCCGAAAGGGAGCGCAAGAUUGGACCCGUCAACAAAUCUCGAGGAGAAGCCUGGGGUGACUCUAACUGGUUCUCUCGCGAGGUCAAGUCUCUGGGAUCUUUGCACGCGAUAUUCCUCUCUCUACAAAUUGUUGCGAAUCACAGCAAUUUGUCAAACGGUUGCAGGGAAUAUGAUGCGGAAGUUGGAAAGGAAGAAGGCUGUUGUUGUCCCUGCAGUGUUUAGCCCUGAAAGCAUCGAGGCAGCUCGGCUUUAUUGGGUCAAGGCGACUCAAGCCUUUCAUCUCCAAGCCGAGUGUGACAUUAUCUCUCACGGAUUCCAACUGAAGAAGUCUCAUCCGUUGACCAAGCUCACGGCCUUCAUUGACCAACAGGGUGUUCUCAGAGUGGGCGGGCGUUUGAAGUUCUCAACUCUAGGACCAAAGAGUAGGCAUCAGGCGAUCAUCCCUAAAGGUUCCGCGCUCGCAGAGCUUCUCAUUAGGGACUCUCAUCAGCGAACGCUGCAUGGUGGAACUCAGCUCACGUUGGCGCAUCUCAGGAGGUCUUACUGGAUUAUUGGAGGUCGUCUACCAGUAAGAUCCUUCAUCCUCAAGUGCGUUGAAUGUGCGCGUCAUCGUGGGAUUCGAGCUCAACAGCUGAUGGGACAGCUCCCAGUAGCACGUCUUGUGUCGGAUCGGGCUUUCUCUAACACUGGUGUGGACUAUGCCGGACCAGUGUCGCUCAAGACGUGGAAGGUGCGUGGUCACAAGACCCAGAAAGGCUGGUUGGUGAUUUUUGUGUGCAUGGCCACAUCCGCUCUCCAUCUGGAAGCUGUCACGGAUUACUCUGCUGAUGGGUUCAUCGCGGCCUACAGGAGGUUCGUAAGUCGUCGAGGGUACUGCAGACAUCUCUACAGUGACUGUGGCACUAACUUUCUCGGUGCUGACAAGGAGCUGAAGAAGCUGUUCUCUGCUGGCGCCAAGGAAUUCCAGCAUCUCUCUGCAGUAUGUCUCAAGGAUGGAACGCGGUGGUCGUUCAAUCCUCCUGGAGCCCCUCAUUUCGGAGGAAAAUGGGAAGCAGCGGUAAAGUCGGUGAAGUAUCAUCUCGCUCGAACGGUUCGUGAUACAACUCUCACGUUCGAGGAACUUUCGACGCUGCUGACCCAGAUUGAAGCAGUUCUCAAUUCCAGGCCUCUACAAGCGCUCUCGGAAGACCCUGAUGACUUGUCCUGCUUAACCCCAGGGCAUUUUCUCAUUGGAGAAGCUCCAAUAGCUCUUCCGGAGCCUUCUUUGGAUCAUCUCAACGUUGGACGGCUCUCUAGAUGGCAACUGAUUCAGCAGAGGCUGCAGUUCUUCUGGAAGCAAUGGUCUACAGGGUAUCUGCAGCAGCUCCAGUCCAUCUCCAAGUGGCAUCAUCCGUCCAACGAACUCAAAGUCGGCAGCCUGGCACUUCUCUACGACGAGCAGUUCCCACCACCGAAGUGGCCUCUUGCUCGUGUCACAGCUUUACAUCCUGGGAAGGACGGUCUCUCCAGAGUUGUGACAAUUAGGACCGCCUCGACGACGUUGACCAGGCCGAUCUCCAAAUUGGUUCUAUUGCCGAUCUCUACCAGUUAA